UUAGAAAGUCGUCGGCAGUCGAUGAACGCGGGAACUCCGCGAAUUGGAUAGAGAGCGCGAGAGGGAGAGAGACGGCAAGAGAGCUGUCCAUCGGUUCGAACGUCGCGAGAAAGUUUAUCGGCCAGUCUGUCUGGACACAACGACACGAAAAGAGAGAGAGAGAGAGAGACACAGAGUGUGCGUGUGUGUGUGUGUGUGUAGAAGAUUCGGAAAACACACCCCCAAUUGGCUAUAGAGAUCAGCUCCAACUCGACCCAUCGUAAAUCGGACCGUAGGUUCCGGAUCGGACGAAUCGAUCCGGUGAAACGAAGCGCGACGGCAAACGCGCCGUCCAUCCGCGAACGGAGUAAGGAACUCGUCACGAGGACGAGUCGACGAGGUGAAUUCGGAGCCAGGGAGGCGAGCGCUGAGAAACGACGCGCCGACGCUCGCCCGAGAGAUCGAUCCCCCGCGUACAUCUGCAGCUGUGCGCCGGGUUACAUCCUCAUCGGUGAGGAUCCUCGAGGGACGCUCCGGCGGUUAGCCCAUCGCGCUGGAGGGUCGACGACGUGCGACGAGCGCUGUAGAGUGCUACGCAGCGACGUGGCGACGACGCCAUUUUGUGACUGGUACCGUGCGCUUCUUUCGGCAUCAGCGCCGUCGAGCCUACUCAUCGCCGCGCCGUGACCCGUGACACGAGCGUAUCUUCUAUUGCAUUCAAUAAGUGCAAAACGACGUGGAGCGGCUUUGGCUUUCGGAGCCUUGGGUCGCCAGUGGCAGCGACGGAGAGAAAAAGAUUAUAUAUAUAUACAUAUAUAUACGUAUAUAUCGACAGUGCUCGUGUAAGAUCAAGUGCGUCAUCGGUGUGACUCCCUUCCGCGCACCGUUAAUCCCACCGCGAAAGAAGGGGAGAGAGCGAGAGAGAGAGAGAGAGAGAGAGAGAGUUUUAUUCGAUUUUCAUCAUCGACGCCUUCGCCCUGGGUCACAUAACCGACCAUGAGACUGGAAAUUGUGUCGGCGGCGGACUUUUUGGUGCAGCUACUGCGCCUGCAGGCGGGUCAGCUGUCGGAACGGCAAUUGGAGAUGUUCAAAUCAUCGCUAACGGAGGUGUUGCGCCACCGUUAUCGCGAUCACUGGUUCCCAGAUCGACCGAAUCGCGGCUCCGGUUAUCGUUGCAUACGUAUCAACGGUAAAAUGGACCCGGUGAUCGCGCAGGCCGGUGCGAACGUCGGCCUUCUGCCCACCGUCCUGCACAGCCUGUUCCCCAGCGAGCUGACCAUGUGGAUCGACCCGUCGGAAGUGUCGUAUAGAAUCGGCGAGAACGGUUCUAUCUGCGUGUUGUACGAGCGCACCGAAGUUGAGAACACGGAAGAGAUCUCCCAGCAACAACAUCAACAACAGCACCAGCACCAGCAUCAACAUCAGCACCAGCAUCAUCAUACGCAGCAGCAUCAGUCAACGCCAACUAUGCCACCGCCACCGUUGCAGCAGCAACAGCAACAAUUCGAGAGCUGCAAAGACUCGCUGCUGCUGGAGCAUACGCAAUUCAGCGAGCAAAUCGCCGCGUACGUCUCCAGUUGAAUCGCCGGACUCGUCGCCGCGCUCGCAUCCACGUUCUCGAAAUGAUCUAUUAAGCGCACGUGCAUCUCGUGAUAUGUGAUAUCCCGUGUGAUCGCGUCGGACUGUGCAAGUCCGUGCGCGCUCAACCUUUCGUGGACUCAAAACGUGCGUGCGUUUCUCCUUGCGUUUAUUCUUCUCCCUUUUUCCUCUCUUUCUCGAGCGAAGAGUCGACCCUUCAUCGUCGUCUCCUUUCUUCUUCCCGCCCCCUUCCUCUCUCUCUCUCUCUCUCUCUCUAUCUAUCUAUCUCUCUCUCUCGUCUUCUAUGGAAAAGGAAAAAAAUGUAUAAACAGAGCACCGUCAUCCACAUCGGCGAUCUGCAGCGUCGCACCUCGUCGCGCCUCGUCCCUCCUUCGAACGAGUUCCUGCUACACGGGGAGAGUCCAUCCUUCGGGAGACGCGAGCUCGUCCACGCGCGUCGGUCGACUCGAACUCGAUUCUAGUCUAGUCUCGCGCUUCCCGACCCCUCUCUCGCGCGUGAAGAAUCUCGAGGAUGAGUAAGAAAAGGCACCUUCGAGCAGAGAAGAAACGUGUUUUCGACUAGUCUGUGCGUGAUUCAAACGCGUUCGAAAGAGAAGAGAAAGAGCAACGGAAAACAUCUGUGUCGUCGUGAGAAUGGUUCGCAAGAGCGAAAAAAGUGACGAAAAACGGAUCGGAGCGCUCUCAGACCAGUCGAUUUUCCUUUUCAUCCGACGCUAUUCUCCUCAACGUCAUCAUCGUCGCUCGUCUCACCAUCGGCGAGUCUUUUUCCGUUGGAAAAAGGAUCUCGCGGCCAUCGCAACGAGAAGAGAAACGGAGCGAGCUCGGCGCUCUCUCAGCAGCCGAUUUAAUUGAUCUCAGUACCUCCUCCACCUGCGUAACCUCCGAGUGUCUCUCGUGAUGACAGUAGCCACGCGAGGGAGGAACAACGAAGACCAGCCAGCCUCAUCGCCCUUCCUACGUUCUCGAGGGAGUAAAGGAACCGUACUCAGACAUUUAUACAGAAAACACACACACACACACACACACAUAUAUAUAUAUAUAUAUAUAUAUAUAUAUAUAUAUAUAUAUAUAUAUAUAUAUAUACUCUAUACAUGAUUUCUCUGUCUCUCGCAUCCUCCCGAACGAUCAGUGUCUUUCUUCCACGUACUUUUUGCCACCGUCGGAUCUCGAAUUAAGGUUCGUACACACCGACAAAUAUUUACAACACGCGAAAACAAGAGAGGCGAUCGAUCGCUUUACGAUAGCUUACAAAUCUAUCUUUCGUGAAAAGCAGAUGCGCAUCUUUUUCUAAGAAUGAAAUCCUGAGUGAUACAAUCCUGUUGAGUGGUUUUGUCAUUUAGGGUGUUUAAGAGAAAGUAAACGUGAUUUACGUCGGAUAAUUUGCAAUAAAAAUUAAUCAUUUUUGCAACGUAUAUAAACCAAUUUUUCCAUUUUCCAAUUCGCGUCGGUUUGUACGAUCGUAAAAUUGAGAACCAUAAAAAAUGGGAUGAGAGUCAAUCGUUCUCCACUCUCAUCGUCGAGAAUUUUCUCGAACCUCGCAUUGUCAAUGCAGAUUACCACCGAGCCACAUACAUACAUACACACACACAUACACACAUAUACAAAAUUUCGUGAUACAUUCAUACAAAAUUAAAGUCACGCAUCAACGAAUCUUGAGCAAAACGCGAUGGACUCGUCAAGACUCCUGCUAUCGUGAGACGUCAAGAUCGUUGAUGUCGAUUCAUCGAAUUUAUUCUUUGUUAACGUCAUUUUCCACGAGUAUUUGUAAAAUUCGUUUAAUUCACGUUAAAUUGACAACACGUUUUCUCACGUAUAUUCCAUGGAUUUUAUCGAACAAUUCCUAACAAAAGGCAGUAUCGUGAUAAUAAAGUAUCAAAUUCGAUGUAAAGUUGCGACUUCUAUUUUUCGAAAACGGCUGUCAGUAGUACGAAUCUUAGGUAUUUUCAACUAUUCGACAGGUAUUCUCGACAAUAGAAAUCUCAAGCGGUAGUCUUGAAUGUGAAUGAUACACAACACACGUACACGAGAUACUCGCAACACACACGUACAAAUUUCACGAAAGCGCGUGAGUUAUAUGUACAUAUAUACAUAUAUAUAAGCGUUAUGUAUGUAGAGCAUCUGUACACGCGUGGGGGCGAGGAAGGGGAGCGAAGUUGCCCUCGGGCGUGUACAUAACUGACGAAUUGUAUAUUAUAUCCUUCGCGUGAGAGGAGAUGGAAGAAAGCGGGAGAAAACACGACGGUGUAUAAAAUUGCUGUGAUUUUAUCCACGGGAAGGCAGGCACCCGGGCGUGUUUUGGGUGACUAUGGAGAGUCGGUCUCGGAUAGCGAGUAGCACACGGUGUGUGACUGCGAAUGUGUUUCUCCGCCGAAUGUUUCGGGAGUGACCGCGCGAAUGAUUCCGUGAGAGAAAGAGAAAGAGGGAAUGGUAGAAGAACAUGCGUGUGUACGACGACGACGACGACGACGACGACGACGGCGACGACGACGCUCACCCGACACCACGUAACGCUCGCGUCCGCUCCGGCAAUAAUAAUCGAGUUCGCUCGAUUAAUCACGCGUCUGCUUCGUGUCCGCGGCAUCGAGAUCUCUUCAAUUACCGUUACUUGACGAACCGAUACGCUCGCGUUAAUAAUGAGAGCGAGAUCCGCGUUGUCCACGGAUUUCAAUUUUUGCCCAUAAAAUUCAAAUUGGAUUUAAUAUCUCGUCAUACGUGACAAUUUUUCUCAGUUUUCCCGAGUGUUUCGAGGAAUGGAGGUGAGAGUUUGCGUUUGAAAGAAUGUACGUGUGUAUGUGUGAGUGUAUGUGCAUGUGAGUAGCGUGAUGUGCGUGAUGUGCGUGAUGUGCGAGUCAAGUACGAAAGAUCGAAGAUGGCUAAUGAAGGUGAAAAGAAGGAAGGGGGAAGAGAACCUAUCGUGUUCGGUGUCAAACGAGAAAAAGGCUCUGUUGUACGUAGCAAUUGUAGAAACCAUGUCUGUGAUUAUACUAAGGAUAGAGCGACAAUAUAAGCAAUUUCCGUAUAUAACGACCUAAACACGAGCGGCGUGUGCGCUUACUAUACAUACCGGUAUGUAAAUGGUACAUAUAUAUAUAUAUAUAUAUAUAUAUAUAUAUAUAUGUAUGUAUGUAUGUAUGUAUGUAUUACAUAUACACGUGCGAGAAUUUUAUCCGCGGAAGCGCGUGCGUUCCGCGCUUUUAAUCGGGUCGUCGCUUCGAUCAAGAGACUCGAGAAACAUCUCUAUGUAUUUCGUUCGACACGUUCGUCCUUUUUCGUUAUGUGUCUGUACGUAUCGCGUAUUAUUCGAAAGUAACAUCUCACCGGAACAAGUACCGUUGCCAUCGGAAGUAAACCAUGCAAAUCUGUCGAAGAACUGGAGACGAUUCGUUUAAGAUCGCCGAACGCGCACGCGAACAGCGAAAGGACGAGAUCAACCUCACCUCGCUCAAUAAUAAACUCGUCGGUCCUCUUCGACUUUGACGUCAUGCGCUGAAGCAAUCAGAUACUUGUAUCAUAACAUAUACGCGCUAACGUGUACUCGAUAAUAUCAUCGCGACAAAUCGAUCGAUUAAAAACAGGGGGCUUACGUUACUGCACGCCGCUACGUAUGACGUCAAAAUAGAAGACUGCUGUGCCGGUGAGGACAAAAAUGGAAUUGGAGAUUAUCGUUUCCUUCAUUUCUUUUCUUUUUUUUUUUUGCAUAUCGGGGAAACACACGCUCCGAUCGUCCGUAUCGGCGGCUGUAAAACAUCAGCGAUCUCGAAUAUAUAAUCUGUCGAAAGUAGUGCGGGACGAGGCCGGAGAGAAAGUGUGAGAGCCAGGCGGUGAGAUCUCCGCUACGUCGUCCUUCGAUAAUUAUUUUGCUGUUGUCGACUGACAAGACACGUUCCUUUCCCUUUGUCAUUGAUUUUCACCGGGAAACGCGGAAUCGAAAAGGGCGCACGCUCGUCUUCGAGAAUCACCCUAUAUAUCUUUACGUUAUUCGUUCGAUCCCACAAGCACACAUAAAAAUAAAUACUGACGAAUGCUAAGGGUGACAGAGCGAGCGAGAGAGAGAGAAAAAGUGAAAAUGAUAAGAUGCGUUAGAAUGUAAGAGAUGAUGGGCAGGAAAA